ACGUGUUCUAGCGGCAUUGCAGAACGGCCAUCGGCGAAUCGCACAUAGCAGCGACAUCUACCAAAACCUGUGCUCGACACAAUUUUCUAGCCAUUUCACUGUCCUAGAAAUCGAUACGACCGAUAAUUGAACUGCCAAUGCAUUUCAACAUGUCCUCGGACUCGGAGCCUUCAGCUCAUGUGGUCAAUCAACUUCCCGACGAUGGUCGGGCUGCCUUGAUCAACGAACCAACCACGCCGCUCGACGAUGAUUCGAUCGUUGGCUCGUCGCAGCACAGCAUUCCCCCUGAUACUGAGGCUCCAAACUCGCCGAUAGACCCUAGCGCAUCAUUCAGAGCCGACGUCAGUGAAGACCGAGGGGCUCCCUCGGUGAUUCCGUCGUCCCUCACCCCGCCUCCGUCAUCCCAAUACCCCAACGCUGCCGGCGCAGCUGCGAGCAAUACACUCGCCUACCUCAGCUCACAACGGUCUGGCAUCUUUUCGCCGCCAGCCACUGGCAUCAACGGUGUCAAGCGAGAGAGCGUCGCUGCCGACUUUGCUACGCCAACUCCUUCUCAGAUUGCCGAUGCCUCGGUCGAAGAGCUCCGCGCAAUGCUCCAGGCCUGCAUGGCCGAGCAGGCGCGACUCAAGAUGGAGGCCGCCCACCACAAACUGCAGUUUAACAUGCUCAGCAUCCGGGCCGAGGAGGACACGAAGCGCGCCGCAGUCGAACAUGAAAUGACGAAAAAGGAAGUCGAGGCGUUGCAGCAGGCCGAGUGUGCACGACAGGCUCGCCGUGAUAUCAACGCAGCAUCCGAAUUGACACAAGCCAAGUACUUGCAACUUAAGGUAUCGCAUGAACAGGUGCUCGAGGAGAACGAUGCUCUGCACAAAAAGAUUAAGGCGGCACGGAAGGUGAUACAGCAGAAGGAGGACGAGAUUGCCAGCUUGACUGACGAGCGGAAAAUGUUGCUGAACCGCAUUAAAGAGAAUCGCGACCAUUUCCGCAUCCUUUGCAGCCCAGGGGGUAUGUUCCAUGGGGCGGCGGUGACCCCCAAGGUCCAAGCUACCAGCCCCCAGCAACACCGAGGCACACCGCGGCAGACUCCUAGGGCGUCGAACCGAGAAGGCCACCGAGACCACCACCAGGAAGGGUUUGCCGUCCUGCUGCAGGCACUCAGCCAAGACAACAACAGCGCGCCCUCUACUCCGCUUCCCGGCCAGCGUCCAGCGGCCCGCGUCCCGCUGAAGCACACGCGCAAUGUUCAGUCCAUGUCCUCUCUGCCGUCUACCCCGGUAGGACGUAACCCGGGGAGCAGCAGAGGACUCCUCCCAUCAAUCAAUCUGGUCCCGCAGACCGAGCCGGUGCUGCGCCACGCGCGCUUUAUCCCCGAGACGCCAGCCACGCCUACGAGCCGGGAGCGGCGCAAGAGCAGGGAGAGCACGAUUUCAGCCGAGGACAAUCAGGAGCUCGCACGCCAGGCGCUGCAGUCCUUUGCCUCUCGGGGGUCCCAACAUUCCCGCGCCGCACAUCAACAGGUGUCGGGUGAGGAAGUGGAGGAGAAGGAAGUAUGCGAAAGCCAGGCCAGCCAAGCGGCUUCUGAGAUGCUCCGGCGGGAUCCCCGAGAGAGCUUCGAAGUGGCUGCGUCCGUCGCGGGGUCUCGGGACGGCACCCCGGCGGCGGCGGAUAGGAGCGCCAAGCUGCAGGCAAAGUUGUUUGGUGGGCUGAAUAAGAGCGGCCUGUCCUCGUCCUCCUCGCAGGGAAAGCGCAAGUUUAGCGGGCAGCAUGGCGAGGCCGGGGACGGGUACUCGGCGCAUGACCGCGUCACGAGCCCGACUAAGAAGUUGCGGGAGGUUGGCGGGCUGAGGGAUCCCGGCCGUGUUGGGCUGGGGAUACAAUACGGAAGGGAGGUGUAGGCUGCUGGGGAGUGUGGGCAGGGCCAAGAUUGAAGUUCUAUUUUACUUUCUUCGUGUCCAGUGGUCUGGGUGAUGGGACAUCAGAGUUUUUAUCACCUCCUAUGGCGGAUUCGUGUCUCUUGGGC